GGCCGGACCGAAUCUGAUUCAUAGAAACGCAAAAUUUAUGUUCUGCUGCCUCUUCUCCUCGGCAACACAACAUAAACAAAUUAAGCUCAGUAAAGCACCAUUCCAAGGCCCUGGACAGAGCUUGCUUGUGCGCGUACUGAACUGUAAUAUAUACAUACAUAUUACUGUAUCUAUAGCUCUCGAUGGCCUCCAUGAGAAACCUUUCACGAACAAUUAGGGCUUGUCGUAACCUCGCCCUCCGCAAAACCCUACCCAUUUUAGCUUCUUCCUCUCCUCUUCCCCAAUUUCGCCUCUAUCACGGUUCUUGUGAUAAUUACAUGAAAACUGCUGCAUCUAAAUUGGACCUGCCAAGACCAAACCCUGAAAUUACUGGAUCGUAUGCUAUUCCUGCUAUAUUAGCUGGAUUGUUUGGUGGCAGCCUUCUAGAAAUAGCCCAUGCUGAAGCAAAUGAGUCUGACAGUAAAACACCUACUCCACCAGAAUCAGCUCGUAGUUAUAAAGAUUUGGAGGAGAUAGCUAGGAAAGAAAGACUUCGCUUGGAAGAGUUGCUGAAAAGCAAAGGAUUGAAAGUUGGCUCCUAUCCUCGAUUUAUUGUAGGCCACAAGGGUCAAAAGGUAACGAUCAAAUUCCAGGUUCCUCCCACAUGUGAAAUACCACAACUAAUUUCAAACCUUGUUUCGCUACUUGGAGUGAAGGUUGAUUCAAGUACAACUGGAUCAGAUAUGACAGUGCGUGCUUGGGACAGUGGAGUCGCUUGGCAACUCACACUUACUCGUCCAAAUAUGCGAAAAGAAACUUCUGGGACUGUGAGUGGUUCUAAUAAAGCGCAAGAGGAAGAUAUAUGCAUUCUCAUGUUCCGCUCACUCAUCAGCUCUGAUAAAGCAGAAAUCGAGUUCAUGAAGGGUGGAAGUUUUAGUCCUGAGGAGCUUGAUGCUUUCGUGUCCCUGUUGCAGUUGGCAGGGCAAAACAAAUCCCUGGAACAAAGGCAAAGGGGAAGUCCAGGACAAAUGCCAUCCAAAGGAAAGUCUAUUUCUAGUCUUGAGGCCAUGGGGAUUAAAAUCUAUGGAUUAGACGAACCUAAUAUGGGGGAUUCAAAAAGUGAAAUUUCAUGGGAAAAUAUAGCUGGUUAUAGUCAGCAGAAAAGGGAAAUAGAAGAUACCAUAUUAUUAGCCAUACAGAGUCCCGAAGUGUAUGAUGAUAUUGCUCGUGGAACCAGGUGCAAGUUUGAGACAAACAGACCCCGAGCCGUUCUUUUUGAAGGCCCUCCAGGCACUGGAAAGACGUCUUGUGCUCGUGUGAUUGCUAAUCAAGCGGGUGUCCCGUUGUUAUAUGUGCCGCUGGAGGUAGUCAUGUCGAAAUAUUAUGGUGAAAGUGAACGUUUGUUGGGGAAAGUGUUUUCACUUGCUAAUGAGAUUCCUAGUGGUGCAAUCAUUUUUCUGGAUGAGAUUGAUUCUUUUGCUACUGCCCGUGACAAUGAAACCCAUGAAGCAACAAGGAGAGUUCUGUCUGUGUUGUUGCGACAGAUUGACGGGUUUGAGCAGGACAAAAAAGUGGUUGUGAUUGCCGCCACCAAUAGAAAGCAAGACCUUGAUCCUGCUUUAAUCAGUCGUUUUGAUUCUAUGAUAAUGUUCGGCCUUCCUGACCAUCUGACUCGUCAAGAAAUAGCAGCUCAGUAUGCAAAGCACUUGACAAAAUCAGAAUUAGCUGAAUUUGCAACUGCUACAGAAGAUAUGUCUGGAAGAGAUAUCAGAGAUGUUUGUCAACAGGCAGAGCGUCACUGGGCGUCAAAGAUUAUUCGGGGACAAACUCCCAAAGAAGAAGAGGGUAUAUCUCUUCCUCCUCUUCAAGAAUACACUGAUAGUGCAGCAAGCAGGCGCAAAUCCUUAGUAGGUGCUGCAUGUCGGAAUCAAUUUGCUCAUGGUUUUUCAAAGAAACCUGAAUAUGACAUAUAAGUUGGAACCGUGAAAGUGAAGAAUUCAAAGUAAAUAACUAAUGAUAGUAGCAGGUGGCAUAUAUUGAGAUGAAAGUACUAGGCUUUACAGACACAAGCAGGAAUGGGAUACAAUGCGAUGAUGAAUUUAGUGUACAUUUUUAGUUACAAAUCAUAUUGCUGAGCAGUGUUUUAAGUUUAUCAAUCUGAUAUUAAUAUUAAUAUGUACACACAUAAGUGAAAAGAUUUAAUAUAAUUUGCAGAGUAUUUGAUCA